GUUUUCUUCACGUGAGAAUGAUCAUGAUGUCGAAUGAUAUAUAAAGGUCGUCGACGUACCUACCAGUUGCCUUUUAUCACCAAGCUUUCACCUCUUGUUUCAAUUGCUACUUCUUCCUUUCGAUAAUAUCAAAACACACAUCACAAUGGCCCCUACAACCCAAAAGCAGUGGAGAGUCCAGGGUACUGGAUCCUUCGAAAACCUGAAAUUCAACACAGAAGCCCCCGUACCUCAGGUUGGCGAUAACGAUGUUCUCGUCAAGUUCCACGGAGCCUCGUUGAACUACCGCGAUCUGAUCAUUGCUGCUGGCGGAUACCCAUUCCCUCAAGAGGACAACGUUGUUCCAGGAUCUGAUGGUGCUGGUGUUGUCGAAGCUGUUGGCAAGAACGUUCACCGUUUCAAGACUGGCGACAAGGUCGUCACUCAAUUCAACCAGGGUCACAUCGCUGGUCCUCUUGACAACUACUCCAUCGCCACUGGAACUGGUGGUGUUAUCGAUGGCACUCUCCAGCAGUACGGUGUCUACAACGAGCAGGGUCUUGUUCCCCUCCCUAGCAACCUCAACUUCAUCGAGGGUGCUUCGCUCACAUGUGCUGGCCUGACUGCCUGGAAUGGUCUUUACGGUCUCGAGGGUAAGAGAUUGACUCCGGGCAACUGGGUUCUCACCCAGGGUACUGGUGGUGUCUCUAUCUUCGCCGUCCAGUUCGCCAAGGCUGCUGGUGCUCGUGUCAUCGCCACCACUUCUAGCAAUGAGAAGGGUGAGAAGCUCAAGGCUCUCGGUGCCGACCACGUUAUAAACUACCGCGAGGACCCCAACUGGGGCGAGACCGCCAAGAAGAUCACUGGUGGUGUCGGUGUCAACCACAUCAUCGAGGUCGGUGGUCCCAACACCCUCCAGCAGUCUCUCAAGGCUAUCUGCCUCGAGGGUGUCAUUUCCGUCAUUGGCUUCAUCGGAGGUACCAAUGACAAGCAGCCCACUCUUCUCGAUGCUCUUGUCAACAUUUGUACCGUCCGUGGUCUCUAUGUCGGCAGCAGACAACAAUUUGAGGAGAUGAACGCCGCCAUCGAGACCAACAACAUCAAGCCCGUUAUUGACGAGAAGGUCUUCACUCUCGACCAGCUCAAGGAGGCUUACCAGUACCAAUGGGAUCAACGUCAUUUCGGUAAGGUAGCCGUAAAGAUAGUGGAGUAGGGUUGAACACAACGAGUGUGAAAAUUCUCUACCAGUAGUGGGCUUUUUUGUACAUAUACCACUUAGAACGAAUUAAUGUCUUGAUACCCGCAAAU